GCCGAUGACAGAGGCUGGGGUCGUUGUGCCCGUGUUGGUGCAGGGAGUGUUGAACAACCGGCGGUUUACCGCUGAAGCUGCCGUUAGUGUAAGCUGAAAGACCUCACCUCGGUGUUUCCUGGGUUACGCCGGAGGAGCUGGUGUCUGUCAGUGCGGUCCGUGAGGCGUUGUGUGGCUGUUUCUAAAAGCUAUUGCAGUAGCACACCGAUAAGAUCGCAUAGUUUGCAAUUCAACCCUUCAUCUGAAUUCAGCAUCGGUCCCUUUCCUCUGGUCCCUGCAAGAUGCCGGCGGCUCUGGCAGAGAACAGCCAGGUUAUCUGUGAGGUGUGGGCAAACAACCUGGAGGAAGAGAUGAGGAAAAUCCGAGAGAUUGUUCUGAGUUACAGCUACAUUGCAAUGGACACAGAGUUUCCUGGAGUUGUUGUAAGGCCGAUUGGAGAAUUCCGCAGCUCCAUAGACUAUCAGUACCAGCUCCUCCGGUGUAAUGUUGACCUGCUAAAAAUUAUCCAGCUGGGCCUGACUUUCACAAAUGAGAAAGGAGAAUAUCCCUCUGGGAUCAAUACCUGGCAGUUCAACUUCAAAUUCAACCUCACGGAGGACAUGUACUCUCAGGAUUCUAUAGACCUCCUCGCCAGCUCUGGGCUGCAGUUCCAGAAGCAUGAAGAAGAAGGGAUCGAUACUCUGCAUUUUGCUGAGUUGCUUAUGACAUCUGGGGUCGUGCUUAGUGACAGUGUGAAGUGGCUGUCCUUCCACAGUGGUUAUGACUUUGGCUACAUGGUGAAGUUAUUGACAGAUUCCAGGUUACCAGAAGAGGAACAUGAAUUUUUCCAUAUCUUGAACCUUUUCUUCCCAUCUAUCUAUGAUGUAAAGUACUUAAUGAAGAGCUGCAAAAACCUCAAGGGUGGCCUUCAGGAAGUGGCGGAUCAGCUGGAUUUGCAGCGAAUUGGACGACAGCACCAGGCAGGAUCGGACUCUCUCCUCACGGGAAUGGCGUUCUUCAGAAUGAAAGAGUUGUUUUUUGAGGAUACAAUUGAUGAUGCAAAGUACUGCGGGCGGCUGUAUGGCCUCGGCACAGGAGUGGCUCAGAAACAGAAUGAAGAUGUGGACUCGGUCCAGGAGAAAAUGAGCAUUUUGGCUAUUAUCAACAACAUGCAGCCGUGAUGAGCGGCACCCCUCAGCACAACGUGGUUUUACCAUAUUGGCAGCUGCUGUCCUCAGCCAUUUUCCCUAAUACUGUCUCAAACAAAAGGCAUCUACAGCACAUCCAGCCUGCACAAAGUCUGCAGUUCUGCUGAAGAGCAACAUCUUCAUUUGAAACCCACAAGAAGAGAGUUGAAUGAAUUCCUAAUGCCAGCAUUUGUGGUUUGCCAUCUUUUUAAUACCGAGGGCAAAAGAACCUACUGUACAUACCUCUGUUUUUUUCCUCUUUAUACUGUACAGAAUCUGCAAGGAAGGGUAGAAUAUUGAGUAGGGCUGAGGGUCUGGAAAUCCAGUGAAAAUGGACACAGACAUGCACACAGAUUUGUAAAUUGUGCUUUAUAAAGCUUAUUUUAAAACUUCUGCAUGUUGUGAGGGUGACUACUUCACCUCAUGUGUUGCUUAUUUUAUCUUGGUGUGGUCUGUGGAAAUGGCUCCCUUUGAUCACUGUGGAGGUUUGGUAACAGUGACAUUAAAAAUGAUCCUUGCAGCUAAAAAUAUUCAGAGAUUUGCUUGAACAACAGUGGGGAUGGAUAUUCCUGGAGCUGAUUUGAACAGCUUCCAUAGUUUCUAAUUCUGUGUGGUACAGGUUGACCCACACUGAGCCUCAGCUUAGUUCUUACGGGUAUUAAGAAACUGUUCUGGAAAUAGCUUGAGGCCUAGAAGUUUGCCUUUGGCAGAGACUUGGACCAAUGCUUUGACUUUAGUUUUCACUUAACCUCCAAAUUUUAUUCUUCUCCUUGCAACACAAGAACUUCAGGAUCAAUACUUGAUCCUCUUCUCCAGCCCCUAAUUUUACUGUCUGCUUAACAACAAAUGAAACAGCUCCCUUUCUUUUCAUUAUAAACAUCUGAAGUCAUUAGAGGAUGGAGGAACAAUUUGGGAUUCUGACUUUUUAAACAAUGAGCUAUUCUAUUUUCAACAGCUCUAAUAUUUCUUAAAAGCCCCUUUAACCCUUUUGGACAUGGCAAGCUUAAAAUGUUAAGACUUUAUCUUGCAUUUUAAACAGGCUUAACUGAUCCAUGAGUAGGAGCCGAGGUUUAGAGCUAGUUUUUCAAAUGCUUGUAAAUACUACUUGUUUUUAAUUUUUGUAAAAUAAAUAUUUUUUUUAA